CCACACUCCAAGUGCGUGGAAUAAAAUUGAUAAUGGGAAGAAAUAGAGUGAUGUUGUUUUCUGUUUUGCUGGAUUGCUUCGCUCCUGCACAACCAUUUGAAGAAGAUGAUAAUAAUAAUAAUAAUAUUGAGCGCAUCCCUGCUGCACAAGAAGAAGAAGAAGAAGAAAGUACAGAAGAUUUUGAGCAAGGUGUGCACAUAACUGUGCAAGAAGAAGAAGAAGAAAAUAUAGAAGAUUUGGAGCAAGGUGUACGCAUUGAAGAAGAAGAUUUUGAGCAAGGUGUACGCAUUGAAGAAGGAGGAGGAGGAGGAGGAGGAGGAGGAGGAGGAGAAGAAAGUACAGAAGAUUUUGAGCAAGGUGUGCACAUAACUGUGCAACGUUUGGCUGGUGGAUCUCGCCAAGUAAAGCGCAUUAAAUUCAGUCGUCAAGUGUUUAGCGAAAUGCAGGCGAGGUUGUGGUGGGAAGAAAAUGGGGUGAGGGUGCGUGAGCAUUAUGCCUCUGCCUCACCCUCCACUAGUGGGAAUUGAGAUCAACUUUCUUAUUUCAUACUUAUCUUCUAUAUGCACAUUGGAAUGAAAAAAUUUCAAAACCUAAUUUGUUGUGACAUUAAUGGUUGAAUAUUAGUUCUCUGGAUCAUCUUUGUUAUGAAAUAGCGAUGCGAUUUAGAAAUGCAAGGGUAUAUGGCUAAACCAUUAAUUGUUUUUGUU